AUGGAGCAGUUGGAAGUCCAAAUUGUUAAUUCCCUUCGGAAUGGUGAAUCAGAAGAGGAAUGUGCUCUUGUCCAGGCCGGGUAUUUAAUUAAAGAAAAGCGGGAUGAUGAGGCAUAUGACAUAAUAAGGGGCUAUUGUCAAACCAUACGAGAAAAAUUUUAUAAAAUUGAAAGGCAAAGGAUAUGUCCCGUUGAACUUAGACGGGAAUUUGAAGCUUUGUGCUUUGCUGCCACAAGAUGUUCGGAUAUACCAGAGCUUAAACGUUUGAAGAAAACUUUUGAGAAAUAUUUUGGAAGAGAAUUUGUGACUUCAAGUAAGAAACUUGAAUCGCUCCGUGAAGAGAUAUUGUUGGAGAAGCUAUCCCUAGAACCUCCCAGCCUUGAAGACAAGUUGGAAAAAUUAAGUGCAAUAGCAAGUACUAACAACAUUACCUGGAGAUACUCUAGAAGACUUUGA